UCUUUUAUAUAUAUUUAUUCUAUAUUAUUUCUUUUUUAAGGAAAAACAGCCACCCACACUUACACAGUUACCCUCUUUGUCUUUGCCCUUUGGACUUACAUAUCCCCAUUCUUCCCAACCCAAUUAUCUUUUUAUUAUUAUUCUAAAUCUAAUAUCUAAACCACUCUCUUCCUCUCUCUCUCUCUCUCUCUCUUCCUUUUUCUCCUUUUCUCUCCACUCCCAUGGCUGAAGAAUCCAAGAAAAUCGAAUCCCCGCCGCCCUCCGAUCCUCCUCCCCCACCGCCUGAAGAGCUCCCCAAAGACGUCGCCGAGGAGAAAUCCGUCAUUCCCCCACCGCCUGAAGACAAAACUGAUGACUCUAAAGCCCUCGUUCUUGUUGAAAAGGUUCCAGAAGUUGCUGACCCCAAAAGCACUGAAGGCUCUGUAAACAGAGAUGCUGUGCUAGCAAAAGUUGCAACAGAGAAGAGGUUGUCUCUCAUUAAAGCUUGGGAAGAAAGUGAAAAGUCCAAGGCAGAAAACAAAGCUCACAAAAAGCUAUCUUCUGUUGCUGCAUGGGAGAAUAGCAAAAAAGCUUCUGUAGAAGCUGAGUUGAAGAAGAUUGAGGAAAGUUUGGAGAAAAAGAAGGGCGAGUACAUUGAGAAAAUGAAGAACAAAAUUGCUCUGCUCCACAAAUCGGCAGAGGAAAAGAGGGCGAUAAUCGAAGCCAAGCGAGGAGAAGAUCUUCUCAAAGCAGAGGAGACGGCUGCAAAGUACCGUGCCACCGGUACUGCCCCAAAGAAGCUUCUCGGCUGCUUCUCGAGCUGAAUGUCUCGUUUCCAAUCUCUGAUUAUUGCAUGCGGUGUAGUGGGAAAUACAAAUCUUCAUCAGUUGGGGGUGUUAAUUAGAUGUGCUGUGUGUGUGAUGGAAGGAAAAUUAUUGUUUAUGGUUUGAUUUAUUGGUGUGUGUUCAGGGCUUAUGUGUUUUGUGAAUAUGAUAUUUGGAGGAAGAUUACUUUGAAUGUAAAUCAAUAUUGUUAUUUUAAUA